CUGGGAUGGAGUUGUUAGCCUCUCAAUAAAUAACUUCAGUGUUAUUACCUGAUUGAUUUAAAAUUUAUCUAGUUCUUGUGUAGUGCAAUGUUAUUUGUUCUACCUUAUUUAUAAUUUUUGUUAUUUUCAAUCGCCGUAGGUCCAAUAAAACUUUUUCACUAUGAGUUUCUUUGGGUUUGGCCAGAGUGCUGAGAUCAACAUUGUGCUAGAUGGUGCAGACACAAGAAAACAGGCUGAUAUCAAGACUGAAGAUGGAAAGAAGGAAAGGCACUUGCUGUAUUAUGAUGGCGAGAGUGUAUCUGGAAAGGUGAAUAUCUCUCUAAAGAAGCCAGGAAGCAAAUUGGAACAUCAAGGAAUCAAAAUUGAAUUUAUCGGACAAAUAGAGCUCUACUACGACAGAGGCAACCACCAUGAGUUUACGUCGUUGGUUAAAGAGCUUGCCCGGCCAGGAGAGCUUUUCCAAAACACUACAUAUAACUUUGAGUUUCUGAAUGUAGAAAAACCGUUUGAGUCUUACACAGGUUCCAAUGUCCGAUUAAGAUACUUGUUGAGGGUGACAGUUGUAAGACGGAUUUCCGAUAUUGUAAAAGAACUGGAUUUGGUUGUUCAUACUCUGUCAUCGUAUCCCGAUAUGAACAACAGCAUCAAAAUGGAAGUAGGAAUUGAAGACUGUUUACACAUUGAAUUCGAGUACAACAAGUGCAAAUAUCACUUGAAAGAUGUUAUAGUAGGUAAAAUUUAUUUCCUACUGGUUCGAAUCAAGAUCAAGCACAUGGAAAUCGCCAUAAUUAAGAGAGAAACUACAGGGUCAGGGCCACACACCUUCACAGAAAACGAGACCAUCGCCAAGUACGAGAUCAUGGACGGUGCGCCAGUUCGAGGGGAGAGCAUCCCUAUCCGAGUGUUCCUAGCUGGCUACGACCUCACCCCCACCAUGAGGGACAUCAACAAGAAGUUCUCAGUCAAAUACUUCCUCAACCUGGUGCUAAUGGAUGAAGAGGACCGUCGUUACUUCAAACAACAGGAAAUAACCCUGUGGCGGAAAGGUGAGAAGGCGUACAAAGCGGGGCAUGGCCCGUCGCCCCACGUCCCUUCACACCUGGUGUCGGGGGAGGGUGGACCUCGCGCCUCGGAGCCCAUCGUGCAGCACCCACCAUCGUCUGCGCCAGUGGAAGACAUGAAGAGGGAAGAUGAGACUCCUCCGCCCUCGCAAGAGGAAUAGCCCCCAGCUGCCCGCGCCGCCCCCCUCUAGUCAGGAACCCCUGAGAGUCUGCCUGUAUGUGUCUAAUGUAAGGACAAAGCAUUAAGUCCUGAUUUUUGUUUUACACAAGUGUUCAAGUUUACACCUUUCAAACCGGUUCUUUCCUUGAACAAAGUAUCUGGUAUCAAUAAUUGAUUAAGUUGUGAAAUUGGUGAAGCUUUAAACCUGAAUGAUAAUUUUUGUUUUCCAUUUUAAAAUAUUUAUCCUUUAAAAUGCAGUUUAAAAGAAAUUAUACCUUUUUAAACUGUUAACAGGUUCUAAAUUAAUUUUAUAGUUACUCUAAUUUGAAUUUUUAUAAAAUUAAAUUUUACUAUACAGUUGUAAAAUAGACCUAUAAACUAUACAAAAUAUAAACUGUAAAAUACAACAAUAUGAAGCAAUACUUCUCUAUUAAGUGACCAGUGGCAUUGUAACUAAGAAAUAAUUUCCAUACAUUAAACCAAUCAGAAAAUUCAGUCAAAUUUAGGUAGAAAAUAUCUUCCAAGUAUCUUGCCUGUAUGCUGUGAGGGUGGCUGGGGGACUAGAGUCCCCCCACACAAACCUCAACCACGGCUUAUUGAGCCUGUAUGCUAUGAUGUACAGGCAUAUGACACGGAAAGUCGAUUAACCAACUUCGGGUGGUAAAGACUUAUUAUAACAAUACCAAAAUCUUAAUUAAGGAAAACAUGUAUUUAAAUUUAGCGUAUGAUGUCGCAGGCUGGUCAUAUAGAUUGUGAGAGACAAGAGCAACUGACUGUGAUGAAGGCGGACUCAGUGUAACGCACACACAUGCGGGGGGUCGUAGUGUAAGUGUAUUGUUAAUAUUGAUAUCACUGUAAUAUUUUGUUGUUAAGGUAUAACUCACUGUCGAAAAAGCCUUGUUUAUAAGAGUAUAUUACAAUAAUAGUCUGUUAAAUUAUUUUAUUGUAUUUUAGAUUUGAGAAAUAUUAUGUGUAUAUUCAAGUUGAUGUUCUAAACAUGUUGAUCAGUAGGGGUGUGCGAUGCAUCGAAAAUGCAUCGAAAUUUCGAUUCGAUUCGAUUCGAUGCAUCGAAUCGCGAUUCGAUUCAGCAUGCAUCGAAAUCACGAUGCAUCGAUUUGGCCUCGAUGCAUCGAAAAAGACCGAUGCAGCGGUUAACUACCGAUGCAACGAUUACGUCCCGAUGCAUAUUUAAAACUAAUUUAGGACUCUAAAAUGAGUUUUAGAUAGGGAAGUGUCAAUUAUCGCUACCACCGAUACUCGGACAUUGCCGAUACUAGGAAUAUCGGUAUCAAGAAUCGAUUGCCAAACAUCGAUUUCGCCCGAUUCCGCCGAUACCGACAGCCGACAGGGAUGGAUAGAUAUUUUAUUUAACAUUUAUUUAUUUGAUAUCUAUUGGUUUAGUAAUCACGCUAACAACUUUAGUAACCAACUUAGUACACUAUUUAGUUCAAAACAGCUAAAGGUUAUUUUCAGCUGUUCUCUCUGCAGGCAGAUGAUAUUGCACAACACAAUACAAUCUACAUUUCAAGAUGUCAGACGGUCAGAAUUCAGUCUCAGACAACCGGCGUGCGAGUGUCCUCAACACGAAAUUAUACUAAAAAUGUCUGUAUCAAUAAGUCAGACCUUUAAAUGUAUUAUUUUUAUUUUUAGAACAAAAUAAAUAACCUAAACUUGUCUAGAUGUUCAGUUUCAUCCCUGCAUUACGCAUCGUUAGAAAAAUUCGAUUCAAUUACAACAUCGAAGUCAGAGGGUUAUUUGUAUCGUAAUCUACAACGCAGUGCGCGUGCGUGAUUGGCUAAGUCGCUAAUGACGACACACGGUUGCCGUGGCAACCUACAGUGCGCACUGAGCUCUGCGCCUUGUGUGUGAGGGAAGAUUAUACCAACAAACUAUUUCAGGAAUUCCAUUUUGGGACGGAUGAAAGAUAAGGAAGGAACAAAAAGUGGUCACGUGUGCAAAUGUAGGGGUCGAGACAAUAAGGCUAUAAACGAGUAUUGUCGCGUCGUUGUUCCUUGUUUGUUUACUUUUUCAUAUUCCCUAUCAAACGCCCUUAUCUGCUAUCUCUCUCUCCCCCCCCUCUCUCUCUCUAGCGAUGUACUGAACAGAUUGUGGUUGACGACUUUUCUAAUUAAGAUUCCCUGUGGUUAUUUUAGUUCAAUCAAUCCCAUAACCUUUCUAUCGUUUAUCAAAAUAAUUAAUUAAUCUGUUUUGUAUUUUAUUUCCUUUAAACCAACCCCUAUUUACCAUCUGUAUUUUAUAGAAUAAAAUGUUUGUUUAUAAAGUUUGACUGGCCACACAAU